GUUGAAAUUGGAACGAUAUGACGGAAAAAUUGAAAGUUUGUGUGUGUAGGAAAGUUUUGAUGUGAUAGAAAAGUUAAAAAUUUGAAAAAAAAAAUUGAAACUAAACUCGGCCUUAAGCCUUUGUAUCACAUAAAAACCUUGGCUACAAAUAUAACGAGGCUGUGAGUAGAAAACCAGGAAAAGCAGAGGAGGAGAGUGAAGAAAAACGGUUCAAAAAGUGCAGUUGCCAAAAGCAAAAGAGUGAGGACUGUGCCUCUCUCUAUUAAGCUCUUCUCCCAAAGCCCACCACCUUCUCCAUCCCCUCCGCUUCUUCUCCCCCUCAAACCACCCGAGACCUGGACGACGGUUGGAGCAGCGAGCAGGGGGGGCUAAAACCCUAGCCAUGAAGUCGCUGUGCCCCAAACCAGGCAAGGGCGGCAAGAUCCACCCCUCCCCACUCGGCGGCGGCGACGGCGACCCCGUCCGCGCGGCGCUGCGCCUCCUCCCCGCCGCCAUCCUCGCGCUCGCCACCGCCCUCCGCCCCGAGGACCAGCAGGUGCUCGCGUACCUGGUCACCCGCUGCCUCCAGGGUGCCGGCGCUGCGCACCACCCGGAGCGGGAGCACCCGCCCGCACGCGGCGGAGGCGGGGGGCGCCGCCGCCGCGGCGCGCACCCGCCGGCCAUCGGGUGCGGCUGCUUCGACUGCUACACCAGCUUCUGGUCGCGCUGGGACUGCUCCCCGAGCCGCGAGCUCAUCCACGACGCCAUCGAGGCGUUCGAGGACCACCUCGCCGCCGCCGAGUCGUCCGCCCCUCCGUCCUCCUCCUCCUCCAAGCGCCGCGACAAGGGCAAGCGCAGGCCACCUCCGCCGCCGUCGCCGAUGUCCCCCAAGGUCACCCCGGCGCAGCAGCAGCCGCCGCAGCCGGCCGAGAAGGUCCAUGACGCCUCCCCUCCCCCAUCCUCCCUAUUCCCUCCCCUUCCUCCGCCACCCCCUCCCGCUCCUGAGGCGACGACCACCUUCGAGAGCGACGACGACAACGACGAGAAGGUCCCCGAAGACCCAUCCGCCGCCGCGGCGGAGAAUGCGUCGGAGGGGGAGGAGGAGGAGGAGGAGGAGGAGGAGCGGAAGCGCGGGUGGGCGGACGUGAUGGGGAUGCUUAACCUGCGGCUUUGGGGGAUUUGGAGUCCGGCCGUGGAGAGCGCCACCUAGAGCCACACCACCCCACCACCUUAGCACUAGAAGCAAAACCAGCAGCAGCAGCAGCAGAAGGUAGCAAGAAAUCUUCAGAGUUCAUCAGGGGAGUUCAGAGUUCUUUUGGGGUCCUUUUCUCUCAGGGAAAGAGGGAAAAAAUUGGAGUAUGAAUGGAGCAAGUGACAAUUGCUGCUACUCCUAAGCUUCCUUUCUUGGCCAAAAGCAAGUGAUCAUAAGUGGUUGUAAUCUUAGUACUUAGCUCUAGUAUAGGAAUGGUUGGUUGGUGAUCAGUGAUUGUGAUGAUGGUGUCCUGGGGAAGGGUACAUGGGAGGGAGGAACAAGUACCAGCUAUAAGAACAUCUUCUGCCUUUUGGUGCUGUUGAUUAUAAGGUCUCUUGGUUUUUCUGACAUGGGAAUUGUGCAAAAGUCUCUGCCUUUGCUGUUCA